AUGAAACCGUCCACACCAUUGGGCAGCCUCUGCUUUGCCCUCUCAGCCUUGGCUGCUCCCUCGGCAAACAGCUUUAAGCCGUCUUCCUUCUCCGCACACGAUGUCAUCACGCGUGACUACGCCAUUGUUGGAGGUGGGGCGGCAGGCACGUACGCUGCUGUUGCCUUGAAGGACCAAGGCAAGUCGUUUGUCAUGGUUGAAAAGACAGACCGUCUGGGUGGUCAUGCAAUGACCUACGAGGACCCCACAGGGGGCUCAGUGGACUUUGGUGUCCAGCUGUAUGACAAUGAUACGGUUGUGCGCGAUUUCUUCAAGCGUCUCAAUACACCUCUUGCUAAGGUGGAUUUUUCCUACUUUGGCAAACCCAUCUAUUCCGAUUUUAAAGCGGGUACCCUACUCAACCUCACCACUGGCUCUCUUCACCAGGACUACCUCGACCAGCUAGCCAAAUAUCCGUAUCUAAAUAACGGAAUUGAGCUACCCAAUCCUGUACCCGAAGAUCUCCUUUUACCCUGGGUUGACUACAUCGCCAAGUAUAACCUGCAAGACUCGGCAAUGGCAACCCUUAGCCGCCCUGCAGUACCUGGUCAUUUGCUAGACAUUCCGGCGUUGUACGUUUUCAACGACCUCAAUGACCUCAUGCUACACGAGGACAAUGGUGCAGCCGUGCGCAAUGCCAACCACGACAACUCAGAGCUAUACCGCAAUGCGCUCGCUGAGCUCAGCGCGGACAUUCUAUUGAAUUCGACUGUCAUCUCCGGUGAUCGCAAUGCCGCCGGCAGUCAUCCCGUUCGCCUCAUCGUGAAAACCCCCACAGGCAAAAAGCUCAUAGUCGCCAAGCAACUUAUUGUUGGUAUUCCUCCGACAACUAAGAAUAUGAAGAGCUUCGGUCUGGAUGCCCGCGAACACCGGGUUCUAUCGCAGAUCUACGGAUUACCUUACUAUGGCGGUGUUGUCAAAAAUACCGGUCUUGCGGGUGGCAUCAGCUACAAAAAUUACGCUACCAGCAACACCUACAAUAUCGCCGACAUUCCCUCCGUGGUCGCCUUUAACCCAUCUUCAGUGGACGGGCUUUUCUACUACUGGUACAACAGCGUGACCCCAGUCAGCCAGAAGCGUAUCGAGAAGGACGCCCGUCAAGCUAUCAAGAUGCUUCAGAAGGUCACGGGUGCUGCCACUCGGCCCGAGCCCGAAUUUGUCGCUUUCUCUGACUUCGGGCCAUUCCAUCUUGCGGCUGAAGUAGAAGAUAUCAGGAAUGGCUUCUAUCGUGAUAUGUAUGCCCUUCAGGGUCACCUGAACACGUGGUAUACUGGAACUCUCUUUGUUCCUGGCUCUAGUCAGGUUUGGAAUAAUACCGCUAAUAUGCUGCCGGAUAUUUUGGCUGCUGCCAAAUAA